CUCAAUUUGCACACAUAGGCAUCUUAGCAUCAUCGUGCGUAAUUUUGAGAUUGAGCAAAUCCCUAAACGGCGCGUGAAGUAAACAAAAUCAAGGGGCUGUAAAACUGGGUGUCGUGAGUGGUGUGAACAUUUCCUGUGUAAGUUGUGUCUUUAUCUGCUCUAAAAGCCCAUGACAUCGCAUGUGUAGACGACUGACAUGGCAGUGGUGUAAUCAGCGACAUGAAGUGUUACUGAUUAAAACGUGAUCAUCAACCUUAUAAAUGAGAGUUAUUCAAAGAGUCACGAUCGAGAUUCUACUCCGGAACGUUCGGGUUGCUCAUCCUAGGACUUUGAGAACCAUAAAUACCUGUAUCGUUUAUUAGGCCCUAUUGAACUAAACCAUCCAGCAUCCGUCCAAGCUACAGUCCUUGCUUUAUGGAGACUUUGUCUUUGACAGCAAUAUGGCAAACAUCAAGAUUUGCAACUUACAGAAAAUUGUUCUGUAUGAAACCAAAGCGCGAUUCUAUGUGGUUGGAUCUAACAACUCUGAGGACCUAUUUAAGGUACUAAAGAUUGACAGGACAGAACCCACUGAGCUACACGUCAAUGAUGAUAAGUUGGAGUACAGUCGCUCAGAGAUUCAGGAUCUCCUACGAACGCUGGAGGUCGGCAAUCGGACCAAGCCGUCCAGGCCACAGAGUCAAAAGAGCACAGCUGGCCUUGCAAGAACUAUCUCGGCCUUCGGCAUUCUUGGUUUUGUGAAAUUUCUGGAGGGUUAUUACAUCAUACUUGUGACAAAACGGAGAAGAGUUGCUGUGAUUGGUGGUCACACCAUUUACAAAGUGGAGGAUUCCAGUAUGGUGUAUAUUCCUAAUGACACCUUUUCUUACAACAAGCUACCACACCCAGAUGAGGCCAGGUAUGUCAGGAAUUUCCAGAAUGUGGACUUAUCAAGCAACUUCUACUUCAGCUAUAGCUAUGACUUGACUCACACCCUCCAGCACAACCUGACACCAGUGAUGACAGGUACCAGCAAUCCUGGAGGAUCACCAUCAGGUCAGACUGUGUAUAGAGCCAAUCCAAAGAUGAAGUAUGUAUGGAAUUCAUUCCUGUGGAGCCAGACAAGGAAUGAUGUCCAUCAUGACUGGGUCACGUAUAUCAUUCACGGCUUCCUCGGGCAAGUCAACAUUAAUACUUUUGGUCGGUCGGUUUACGUUGCUGUCAUAGCUCGUCGGUCAAAUCAGUUUGCUGGAACUAGAUUCCUGAAGAGAGGAGCUAACUCAGAGGGCUACGUUGCUAACGAGAUAGAAACAGAGCAGAUCGUACAAGAUGCAUCCGUGUCUCUGUUCAAGCGAGGGCGCUACUCAUCGUUUGUACAAAUCCGAGGCUCUGUGCCCGGAUUGUGGUCACAGGACAUCUCCAACAUGGUUCCCAAGCCACCAAUCAAUUUGGACAGGGCUGACCCCUACGCAUGCCUCGCUGCUAGUCACUUCAAUCAAUUGUUUGAACGAUAUGGAUCGCCAGUAAUUGUCAUCAACCUUGUCAAGAAACGCGAGAGGCGGAAGAGAGAAGCCAUUUUGAGCGAGCAGCUUGUGUAUGCCAUUAACUACUUGAACCAGUUCUUGCCACCCAGGGAUUUAAUACAAUACAUAGCACUAGACAUGGCUAGAUAUACCAAAAACCCUAAGUUGAAUGUGAUCAGUCGUCUUGAUUCUAUCGCUGAUAUCGUGGUGAGACAGACAGGAAUCUUCCUGAGUGGACCUCAUUUGGAACCAAGUUUACCCGUCAGACCAGAGGCAAGAUGUGAUCCACCGUCUGACGACAAGUCUUUCACUUUCAUCAAGCAAAUGGGAGUGGCUAGAACCAACUGUGUUGAUUGCUUGGAUCGCACCAACACAGCGCAGUUUGUCAUCGGCAAGUAUGCACUCGGCCAUCAGUUCUACUGUCUGGGUGUAUUGGAUUCUCCCAAACUGGAGUUUGACACAGACACUGUGAGGAUGUUAGAGGAUCUGUAUGAGGACAUGGGAGACACCUUAGCGCUGCAGUAUGGAGGCUCUCAGCUCGUACAUAGCAUCAGAACAUAUCGUAAGCUGUCACGUUGGACCAGCCACUCAAGAGACAUCAAACAGUCACUAUCACGUUACUAUAGUAACACAUUCUCAGAUGCUGACAAGCAAAGUGCAUUGAAUCUCUUCCUUGGUGUGUACAGACCUAAACUGACUAGGCCAAGUCUAUGGGACCUCCCGACUGACUACUACCUACAUCACAGCGAGGCCAUGGGGCAGUUUACCCAGAGCAAUAGAACGUGUACUCAGUGGUUCGACAUGGAAAACAUUCAGGCGCUCCCACUCCCCUAUGAGGAAGUGAAGAAGUCCAUAAACAGCUCAGAUGAAGAGUCCAUCAUUCUGGAAACCCCCCUACACCCGGAAUGCAUCGACCCAUACUUUGAUUAUUACAGACCAUCUGAGCUGACCACUCUUAUGGAGUUGUUUUGUAUUAACAUGCCACAAUCCACAAGAGAUUUCAUGCCAAAGACCGCAGCAAACGUCAGUCCAUUUACAGUACGAGUCAGCCAGUCCAAGACUAAAGAAGAACUCAGUUCAAACCAAAAGUCCGCAGCCCGUGUCCUCGCUGAGCGCCUCAUCACGGCCGGGUCGCCCAAAACGAGUUACGACAUUGCAUCGUCCUCUGAAGGGACAUCAAGCAGUGACGAGGAACUCACAGAAACCCGGUCUGACAUCAGUGUUGGCAAAUCUAGAAAGCAGGAGCUACGCAUGAAGGAUAAAUUUCCCAGUACUAAGGAAGUAUAUGGUGUGGAGAUCAAGAACCCAGCCAGACAAACAAUCAGUAUUUAUCAAAGGUUCGUGUCAGUUGAUUUGAACGCAAGAAGCAUUUGCCCUGAGAUUCCUUCCAUUCGGGGAAGGACCAAGCGUUGUAUGAAGAGAGCAACGAAACUGUUCCCAGCUAGCGUCUUUUCAUUGGAUAGUUCAUAUGAGGUGACUCCGCCCAUGGUUGAUCGAACUUCCCGCGCCGUUUAUGAAACCUGCGUACUACGAGGAAUGGUUGGCGCUCAGCCAUGUUUUGUUGAGGACGUGGAAAUUUACAAAAAGUUUGUCCAAGGUAAAAAUAUGUAAGAGCAGUGUUUCCCAUGAACACUUUGUUUGUGUCGCAUUUGCUCAGUCAAUUUCCAAAGUUGAGUCUUCUUAAUUCACACUGCAUGUACUUUGCACCCUCAUACAACCAGGAAAACCACCUUUAAAAGAUGUGCUUUACUAAUAAUAAUAGUGGAUUUUUAUAUAGCGCGCGUAUCUGUCACUCAGUGACACUCAAGGCGCUUUUAAAC